CUGAAAUAAGUGGCAGCACUGGUGAGCGGGGACAUGAUAGAAUUAUAAUUAAAAAUAAUUAUAAUUAAUUAAAUUUGUAUCGUGAGCGGCGGUUAGGCUGCAGCCGGCUGCGAGUUUUGGCCACUGACGACGCAUCGCUCCUCCAACCAGGGUCGGCAAUGUGCUGGACAAGAUGUCUCGACUCGCUGAUUACUUCGUAAUUGUCGGCUACGACAGCGAUAAGGAGAAGACCGCCAGCAAUGUGGGCGGGCAGCCGACUUGCGGCAAGAUCGUGCAGCGCUUUCCCGAGAAAGAUUGGCCGGACACCCCCUUUAUCGAGGGCAUUGAAUGGUUCUGCCAACCGCUGGGCUGGAGCUUAUCGUACGAGAAGCAGGAGCCCAAGUUCUUCGUCUCCGUGCUGACGGACAUCGACACGAACAAGCACUAUUGCGCCUGCCUCAGCUUCCACGAAACGCUGGCCAUAACUCAGACGCGCAGCGUCGACGACGAGGAUGAGACCAUUGGGAGCACAAGGCUGCUGCCGGGCGGCCCACCCUCCGCGACCGAUGGCGUCACGACGGCAACCUCCAUUACGCACCACAGCGUCAUGUAUGCGCCAAAGUGCCUGGUACUCAUAUCCCGGUUGGACUGUGCCGACACCUUCAAGAACUGUCUGGGCACCAUAUACACGGUGUACAUUGAGAACCUAGCUUAUGGAAUGGAAACACUCAUCGGCAACAUUCUGGGCUGCAUUCAAGUGCCGCCGGCUGGCGGGCCGCAGGUGCGCUUCUCAAUCGGUGCCGGCGACAAGCAGUCGCUGCAGCCGCCGCAGAGCUCCUCUCUGCCCACCACGGGCAGUGGUGUGCAUUUCCUCUUCAAGCAGCUGGGCAUUAAGAAUGUGCUAAUCCUGCUCUGUGCGGUGAUGACGGAGAACAAGAUACUGUUCCUGUCCAAGUGCUAUUGCCACCUCACGGAGAGCUGCAAGGCACUGGUGGCCCUGAUGUACCCCUUUCGGUACACGCACGUUUACAUACCCAUUCUGCCGGCGCCGCUCACGGAGGUACUGUCCACGCCCACACCGUUUAUCAUGGGCAUACACAGUUCGCUGCAAACGGAGAUUACGGAUCUCCUGGAUGUGAUUGUUGUGGACUUGGACGGCGGUCUGGUGACCAUACCGGCGUCGCUUACCCCACCAGUACCCAUCCUGCCGUCACCGCUGUGGGAGCAGACCCAGGAGCUGCUCAGCAUGAUCCUGUUCCCGAAUCUAGCGCAGGCAGACCUGGCCUUUCCCACCCAGGAGCGGCCGAGCGCCCUGUCCAAGACUGACGCACAAAUCGACAAGGAACUUCGCGCCAUAUUCAUGCGACUCUUCGCGCAGCUACUGCAGGGCUAUCGCUCCUGCCUCACCAUCAUUAGGAUCCAUCCCAAGCCAGUGAUUACCUUCCACAAGGCCGGCUUCCUCGGCGCCCGGGACCUGAUCGAGAGUGAGUUCCUGUUCCGCGUCCUGGACAGCAUGUUCUUCACCACGUUCGUCAAUGAGCGAGGACCCCCCUGGCGAGCCUCCGAUGCCUGGGACGAGCUCUACAGCUCCAUGAACGAGCUGCUCAAGUCGGAGGCGCAGAAUCGGAAUCUCGUGAGUAUUGGCAAGGAGCAUUGUGCAAGAAAGCAUCUUACCUUUCUCACCUUUCAGAUACUCACACAUAUCCAGGAGCUGGGACGCACGCUGUUCGAGAACGAGGGCACCUUGGCCCACACGGGCUACGCCCAGAAGGUGUUACGUCCGCCCGAGGGCUCUUUCCAUCGCAUCCACCAGCCCGCCUUUCCGCGCAUCAGCUCGGAGAAGGUGGAGCUGAUCAUCCAGGAGGGAAUACGGAAGAACGGAGUUCCACAGCGCUUCCAUGUGACGCGCAAUCAGCACAGGAUCAUACCGAUGGGACCCCGAUUGCCGGAGGCCUUGGACGUUCGUCCGAAUGUCCAGAACUCGGCGCGGCGGCUGGAGGUGCUGCGCACGUGCGUGUCCUAUAUCUUCGAGAACCGGAUUGCGGACGCUAGGAAGCUGCUGCCGGCUGUGAUGCGAACGCUGAAGCAUCGCGAUGCGAGGCUGAUCCUCUGUCGGGAGUUCUUCGGCUAUGUGCAUGGCAACAAGGCGGUGCUGGAUCACCAACAGUUCGAGCUGGUGGUGCGAUUCAUGAACAAGGCGCUGCAGAAUUCCUCGGGAAUUGACGAGUACACCGUGGCAGCGGCCCUGCUCCCCAUGUCCACGAUCUUCUGCCGCAAACUGUCCACGGGGGUGGUGCAGUUCGCCUACACGGAAAUCCAGGACCACGCCAUAUGGAAGAACAUUCAGUUCUGGGAGUCCACAUUCUUCCAGGAUGUUCAGGGCCAGAUCAAGGCAUUGUAUCUGCUCCAUCGCCGUCAAAACGAGCAUCAAAAGGAGGCCAACUGUGUGCUGGACGAGGUCCCCCUGGAGGAGCCUACUGCCCUGGAGAUCACAGCCGAGCAGCUGCGCAAGAGUCCCACCAUCGAGGAGGAGAAGAAGGCUGAGCUGGCCAAGUCGGAGGAGUCGACGCUGUACAGUCAGGCCAUACACUUUGCCAACCGCAUGGUCUCCCUGCUGAUUCCGCUGGAUGUCAACGUGGACGCCGCCAGCAAGCCAAAGCCGGCGUUUCGCCUGGACGAAAAUCAGAGUGUUUCAAAUAGUAUUAUUGGCUCUCACAGCCUGAGCGAACAUUCCGACGACGGAUUCGAGGAGAACAAUGCCUUGGAAAUUGGGGUUUCAGUCGGGAAGACCAUUUCGCGCUUCAUUGACUGCGUGUGCACCGAGGGCGGAGUGACCUCCGACCACAUACGAAACCUGCACGACAUGGUGCCGGGUGUGGUGCACAUGCACAUCGAGUCCUUGGAACCGGUCUACCUCGAGGCGAAGCGUCAUCCGCAUGUGCAGAAACCGAAGAUUCAGACGCCCUGCCUGCUCCCGGCGGAGGAGUUCGUGACCGACCAUCUGCGCUGUUUCCUAAUGCCGGAUGGACGCGAAGACGACACCCAGUGCCUGAUACCCGCAGAGGGAGCCCUGUUCCUCACCAACUAUCGCGUGGUCUUCAAGGGCUCGCCUUGCGAUCCGCUCUAUUGCGAGCAGGUCAUCGUGCGCUCCUUUCCCAUCGCCUCACUACUGAAGGAGAAGAAGAUAUCGGUGCUGUACCUGGCCCACCUGGACCAGACGCUGCCCGAGGGGCUGCAGCUGCGCUCCAGCAGCUUCCAGCUGCUCAAAGUUGCCUUCGACCCGGAGGUGACGCCGGAGCAAAUCGAAAGCUUUAGGAAGAUAUUGAGCAAGGCGCGCCAUCCGUUCGAUGAGUUCGAGUACUUUGCCUUCCAGUCGUACGGGACCAUACUCCAGGGCGUGGCUCCGCCCAAGACGAAGGAGAAGUACUCGACGAUCAAGGGAUUCGCCAAGAAGACCCUGCUGCGCACGGCCAAGAAGGCGGGCUACAAGCAAAAGCAGCAGACCAAGCGCAAGUUGGUCUCGGACUAUGAAUACGGCAGCAGUGCUGGAGCGGACGCCGGAGCGGAGACGCAAUCCAUCGACGACGAGUUGCAGGAUGGCGAUGAGUUUGAGACGCAGAACAACGCCAUGCCCAGGCUGCUCACCGUCAAGGAUGUCGAACGGAUGCGGGAGCGCAGCUAUGUGCAGGACUGGAAGCGACUCGGCUUCGAUGCGGAGUCGCAGCGUGGAUUCCGCAUUAGCAAUGUGAACGCCAGCUACGCCACCUGCCGAUCCUAUCCUGCCAUACUUGUGGCGCCCGUCCAGUGCAGCGAUGCGGCCAUUAUGCAUCUGGGCCGCUGCUUCAAGGGUCAGCGCAUCCCGCUGCCCACCUGGCGGCACGCGAACGGAGCCCUGCUCAUCCGUGGUGCCCAGCCCAACAGCAAGUCGGUCAUCGGAAUGCUAAAGAACACGACGGGCAGCAACACGAACGCCCAUCACGAUGUCACCCACUACCCGGAGCAGGACAAGUACUUCCUGGCCCUGAUCAACACCAUGCCGAAGCUCACGCCGCUGGCCAUCAACCAGUAUUCGGGCAUGAAUCUCUCGAUGAAUUCGCUGCUGGGCCACGGCCCCUCCUCCGACGAUCGGCAGUGCCUCACGCCGGAGCUGUCGCGCAAGCACAAGAACAACAUGGACAUGGUCAGCGACAGCAGCAAAUCAGGCCAGGGAGGAGGAGGAGGCAAAGGUGGGACAAUGAAGGGUAAUCAGAGCGCCUCAAACGCACAUGGGGCAUUCCGCAAGAUGCGUCUGUACGCCUUGGGUGAGAAGUCGCAGGCCAAGUCAAACAUGAAUGUGGACUUUUGCGCGGACUUCAUUCCCGUCGACUACCCGGACAUCAGGCAGUCGCGUCCGGCCUUCAAGAAGCUGAUACGCGCUUGCAUGCCGUCGCACAACACCAACGAGGCUGAUGGCCAGAGCUUCGCCAAGAUGGUGGAGCAGUCCGACUGGCUGCAGCAGAUCUCCUCGCUGAUGCAGUUGUCGGGGGCGGUGGUGGACCUCAUCGAUUUGCAAGAGAGCAGCGUGAUGCUGUCGUUGGAGGAUGGCUCCGAUGUGACCGCCCAGCUCAGCUCGAUAGCCCAGCUCUGCCUGGAUCCCUACUACCGGACACUGGACGGUUUCCGGGUGCUGGUGGAGAAGGAGUGGCUGGCCUUUGGCCACCGCUUUGCGCAUCGCAGCAACCUGAAGCCCUCGCAUGCCAACACAAACAUCGCGUUUGCACCCACUUUCCUGCAGUUCCUGGACGUGGUCCAUCAGUUGCAGAGCCAGUUUCCCAUGGCGUUUGAGUUUAACGACUUUUAUUUGAGAUUCCUGGCCUACCAUGCCGUGUCCUGCCGCUUCCGCACCUUCCUCUUCGACUGCGAACUGGAGCGCUCGGAUUCGGGCAUCGCUGCCAUGGAGGACAAGCGCGGAUCCCUGAACGCCAAACACUUGUUCGGAGGCGGCGGAGGCAUGGCGUCGAAUGGCUCCGAUGACGAGUGCAACGUGUACCCAUUGGAUCUGAGGAGUCCGAGGACCCCGGCGCCCAUGAGUCGCAUUGGUCACUCCAUUUUCGACUACAUCGAAAGGCAGCACAACAAAACGCCCGUGUUUUACAACUUCCUGUACUCCGGCGACAAGGACAUGACUCUGCGGCCGCAAAACAAUGUGGCUGCCUUGGACCUGUGGAGCUACUACACUAACGAGGAGCUGGCCCAGGGACCGCCGUACGAUCUGGAGGUGACUACCGUGGACGACGAAAUCGAUCUGUCCGAGAUGAAGGGCAAGCGCAUGGUCAUCACAGCCGGCUACGACAACCCGGAGAAGUACAAUCCCAAUGCCUAUGUAUGCCUGCUCAGCGAGGUGAGGCAGGCGGAGACGGAGCGGGGAAUUCUACCCCAAAAGUGGCUUCAGGUGUGGAAUAGCCUGGAAGUGCCCAAGGUGGAGCCCGUCGCUCGCAACGCCUCUCUCGGCAAGAUCUUCGUGCAAACGCAUCAGCACAAGCGCUCCACACUGGAGAUCAUCAUGAAGGGUCGUUUGGCCGGCUACCAGGACAAGUACUUCCAUCCCCAUCGUUUCGAGAAGCAUCCGUACACCACGCCCACCAACUGCAACCACUGCACCAAGCUCCUCUGGGGCCCAGUGGGCUAUCGGUGCAUGGAUUGCGGCAACUCCUAUCACGAAAAGUGCACCGAACUGUCCAUGAAGAACUGCACCAAGUACAAGGCCAUCGACGGAGCUGUGGGGCCGCCGAAUGUGAGCAUGUCGCAAGGCGACACGGCCAGCAUUGCCUCCAGUGCCGCCACAACGGCGCGCACUUCCAGCCAUCAUUUUUACAAUCAGUUUAGCAGUAACGUGGCCGAAAAUCGGACGCACGAAGGACACCUCUACAAGCGAGGCGCUUUGCUCAAAGGGUGGAAACAGCGUUGGUUUGUCCUGGACUCGAUCAAGCACCAGCUCCGUUACUACGACACAUCUGAGGACACCGCCCCCAAGGGCAUCAUUGAACUGGCUGAGGUGCAGUCUGUAACGGCCGCACAACCUGCACAAAUUGGCGCCAAAGGUGUGGAUGAGAAGGGAUUUUUUGAUCUGAAAACCUCCAAGCGCACCUACAACUUUUACGCGAUGAACGCGAAUCUGGCACAGGAGUGGAUUGAAAAGUUGCAAGCGUGCUUGCAAUAAGAUAAAAUCUCCUUGACAUUUUGUUCCCUACCACUUCGAUCUGCAGUUUCGUCGUAGAACUAACCAGUAUACUUUUCCAGCACUACUUAUUUAAUAUUCCGAAUCUGUGUAUCAUAUCAUCAUAGCUGAACUAUCUUGCGUACGUCGAAGCCCUGCCCUAGUUGAUUUUUGAUCUGUUAUAUCGCUCGCACCCAUUAACAUAAAUGUUAUAGCAACAAUUAUGCCAAUUAUGUUAGCAGAAAGCGAAACAAAGCGUUAGUUAAACAAUGAAAUCCCACUGUAAAUGUGAAUGUAAAGAAACUAUAUAAAUUAUGUGAUUGCAAAAGAAAACAAACACAAAAUCAGACUACAUAUAUUAUAAAUUAACGAUGAAAAUGGAAAACCGCCACGACCGCAAGUUUUGUAUACAUACAUUUUUUAUAUACAUAUAUAUGUAGCCUUAUGCAUAAACAAACAACAACACAAACUAUAUACAUAUAUGUAGGUAUAUAUAGUGAAUUUACCAAAGAAUAUUCCACCUUUGUUGCGCAAUUGAAAUGCAUUUCUUGAUUGCUUCCUCUAAAGUUUAAACUAACCCCUAUUAUUAUUAUUAUUAAACGCUUUCCUUUAUUUAUAUACACUACAUGGUAAUCAAUAUAUAAUACAUACUUUAAUGCAAUUAUUUGUGGCUUACAAACGAUAAUAUACAUUUUUAAACAAA